AUGUUGAGAGAAAUGAAGUGUAAAACUAUUAAUACAAACACCAAACAAAGACUUGUAGAAACUUUACUCGACUUUAAUAAAUACACAGACUGUCAAGUAGAAGAGUUAAUAACAUCAGAAGCACUUUUAAAUGAAUUAAACAAACUCGACAAAAUUAAGACUAAAAACAGUAUUAAUGUGUUUGUUAAAGCAUCUUCUGUAACUAAUGAGUAUCUCCACUUUGUUAAUAGUCUUGGGGAUAUUCAUCAACUUAAAGAAAAUGACGUUCAAAAGAGAUAUGAAUUAACACGUGUCACAAGUGCAUAUGAACUUAAUUAUAACGUUGAUAUUCUUCAGAACACACCAAUAGAAAAACAGCAGAGUAACGUCUCUGUGUUAUGGGGACAGUGUUUAUCAACAAAUGAAAGUGAUACAUUUGAGAAUGAAAAUACACUUAAAAUUGUGAUUGAACCAACAUUAAGUGAAAUGUACUUGGUGAGUGUUAUAGAUAACACAAAAACUAUUAAAAGGUUGUGCAGCUUCGAAAUUCUGCCAUCUUUUAUUCAAGAAAUAAUCAUAUCAAAAAUAUCACACAAUUUGAAUAUAAGAGAACCUAUAAAACAACGAGAAACUAUUAUUUAUGGUUUAAACAACUUCACUGAACCAAAAUUAAAGACCGGAUUUGCUAAGUCAUUUUUUAACACUAAUCACAUGUCGUUGGCUAUUCAAUCUAAAUUUGGAAGCGAUUUUGUUGAAAUAAAGAAAAUGAUCAACACAAGACAAACGACGGGACUGAUAUCAAAAAGUACGCCAAUCUCUCCACCAGAACAUAAAUAUCGACCUCUUAGUGUUAUUCUCCCAACUAAGAGUGGAAGAAUAGAUUUGUCCGGGUUAAGAAAUAGUCCCGAUUUUCUUAUUGAACGACCACAUAGAAAAACUUUUCAAAAAACACCAAUUCAAAAAGAAAAAAGUUGUGAUUUGAUCGAACACAAAACUGUUGAAAAAGAAGAAAAGGUCGAAAUAUCAAAGGAAGUCAAAGAACAAAGAAAUGAAGCAACUAAUCCUGUUGUUACUGAACAAAACGUUAUGAUGCAUACUACAAAUGUGGCUAGAAAGAAGUUUGUGGGGAGAAGAGGGCAAAUUAACACAAAAACAACGGAAAGUUUAAUAAAGUGA